GGUUAUGUUCCUAUAUCGUUAUGUCAAAGUCAAAUUAGUCGUAGUCAGUUCACGGUGCGUAGUUGGUUAACUGUGACGCUUUUUUGAAUUAUUUAGUGCAAGCGUCCGUUAUUGUGUGAAAACGGUUAAAAGAACGGGGGUCAAAAUGAAAAAUGCGAGCGCGCGCCGUUAAAUUAUUGCAAAAAUGCCCUCCGAAGCCCCAAAUUGUCUCUUACAACGGGACGGUUAAGUUGGACGAUGGAAGAAAUUGAAGAUGAGACGGAUAUAAGGGAACAGAUAUUCCAUAAUAAUGUUCGGGAACAAAUUAUAUUUUUACUGUUAUUCAUUCUCUUAUACUUGUCCAGUUUUGCGUUGCUGGGCAAGUUCAAGAGAAGAGGUCGUGAAGACUAUUACAGCACGGACGAGGACGAGGUGAUGGUUUAUAGGAUAAGCACUUGGUUGUGCACGUUCUCCCUAGCUGUUUCGAUCGGGGCCGUUCUACUUUUGCCCUUUUCAAUCAUCUCAAAUGAGGUACUACUCAUUUACCCGAACAGUUAUUACGUCAAGUGGCUCAAUAUUUCACUUGUACAAGGACUGUGGAAUUAUGUGUUCCUAUUUUCGUUCAUAUCACUUUUCGCCCUUUUACCAUUCGCUUAUCUAUUUACCGAGUCCGAAGGAUUUUUUGGACAUCGAAAACGUUUGAUAGCCAGGGUUUACGAGACGUUCGUUGUCCUGGUUCUAUUCGCCCUAGCCAUUUUUGGACUGACCUUUGUGAUCUCUUCGAUUAUCGACAAAGACAAAUCAAGCAUUCAAACUUUACUAGAUUUAUGGAGCUAUCAUCUACCAUUUUUAUAUUCUUGCAUAUCAUUCAUUGGUGUGUUAAUGUUAUUAGUUUGUACACCAUUAGGAUUUGUCCGUUUAUUUGAUAUAGUCGGUAAAUUUUUAAUAAAACCAAAAUUUCUUCGGGACAUCAACGAAGAAUAUUUUGCGUGCGCUUUAGAAGAGGAAUCAUUACGCCGCCGAUUAAAACACGCUCAAUAUACAGGGAAAUCGUACGUUAGCCCAUCACCAAUGUCUUUGGGUUUUCAACCGCCAGUUCAGGACGAAUACAAUCUCCCCAACACUUUAUUAAGACUGAGAAACGGCGAGCUUCAAUCGGGAUUAAGCGUUCGCCUAACGGAAGUUGAGACAAAACGAAAAAUCUUAGAUAAACAACGACAAACUUCUUCGUUACGUAGAAACGUGGUUUAUCCGGUUGCGAUGUUAUUGUUACUCGGAUUAACCGGAAUCACCGUUUUGAUUGUACUUCAAAAUAGCGUUGAAUUAUUAAUUGGGAUUAAAGCUUUACCAUUAAGCUCGAGACAAUUUACUUUAGGAAUAAGUUCGUUAUCGAUGCUUGGACCUUUAGGAGCUGCUUUAGAAAUCAUUUUAAUUUUAUAUUUAAUCUUAACGUCAUCAAUAGGUUUGUAUUCAUCCCCGCCAAUGUCCAAGAUUCGACCCAGAAAAGGAAGCACUCCCUUCAGUUUAAUUAUAGCUAAUUGCAGUUUGGUGCUGAUUUUAAGUUCAGCUUUGCCGUUACUUGCUAAAAUUUUAGGUAUAACAAAUUUCGAUUUGUUGGGUGAUUUCGGUAGCAUAGAAUGGUUGGGAAAUUUUAAAAUAGUACUUCUAUACAAUUUAGUGUUUGCGGGUGCUGCGACUUUGUGCCUUGUAAACAAGUUUACGGCGAAAGUGAGAAGGGAACUUUACGCACGCUGUUCUCAAAAUUUCCGAGGAUUUUUUUCGAGCGAUUAUCCACCUUCCGUUCCAAACACCCCGAGGCCAUCAUUUAUUAUCGUCACUGAUUGAUUUAAUUACAGCAUUUAAAGAAAUAGAAUUAAAGUUGACGAUUUCUUCAAUUCUAUCCAAUAUUUGGAUUUUUGUUUUUUUUUGUCAUAAGAUUUUUUUAUGUAAGUUACUGUGUGAUUUAAAAACAUAUGUCUUUGAAAUAAUCUUGUUCUAGUACGCUCUAGUCUUAACCACAUUAAUUUUAUUAUUAUUUAGGAGUGGUAUUUAAAUCAAUAUAUAAUAAAAUUUAA